GAGAGAUAUAAAAGUUAAUUUUUCUAUAAUAGUUUUAUAAUUAUUGAGGCGGAGGGUUCGUAUAAUUGUUUUAAUGGAGAACAAUAGUAACAGCACGGCGGAGGUGGAGGAAGAGCAGCCGCCGCCGCCGCCAUCUCCGUUUUCACGGUGGUCGGACAGCCGCAAUCGCCCUCCCCACUCCCAAUGGCUCCACUCCACUCUAGCAGAAUUGGACGACAAGAUAAAGAUGAUAUUAGACCUAAUCGAAGACGACGGAGAAACAUUUGCCAAGAGAGCCGAAAUGUACUACGAAAAGAAACCGCAGCUAAUCAAAAUGGUACAAGAACUCCACAAAUCGUACCGCUCUUUAGCCGAUAAAUACGACCAGCUCAAAUCCGAUCAAUCUUCGGUCAAAGCAUCAAACAAUAAUAAUACUAAUAACGGCUCCCUCUCCGAUUCAUUCAGAAAAUUGCAGUCCCUUCAGCACAAGCGUAAUCUAUCUCCAAUCAAGCCACCGAAUUUCAACUCCGAAUCGGUCGAAGAGUUUUCGGCAGAACAAGCUGCACGUUCUGAUGAAUCGGGCACGUCCAGUUUUGGACACGAGUCACCGAAGAACGACACGCCAGUACUAUCAGUGGAUUCGAGUAAUAAUUAUUCGAUGAGAAACGAGGAUAGUGAGUAUUAUAGUGACAAGAAUGAGAUGGUUGUUUUUAGGAGAGAGAAAGAAAUUGGGAGUAGUGAGAGAAGUUGGAGUAACGAACCGAUAAAGUUUUCGAAACUGUUGGAGGAGAAUUUGUCGACGCAGGCUGAGUUGAUAAGAAGGAACGAUGAGAAGAGGGAAGUGAUCAAUGAGUUGAGGAAUGAGAAGAGGAUUAUUCUGAGUCACAAUGCGAGUGGUGAUUAUAGCUCAUCGAGUCGCUCAUCGAGUCGUAAUAAUAAUGUCACGAAGAAGGGGAAGAAUCAAACUCAGAAGAGAAAUAAUUUGAGGGGAUUAUUUUGCAUGGCAUGA